GGGCUCUCUACAGUGAGGUCAGAUCCAUACUGACGAUUCCAUCAGCUCCUGGAAAGGGAAGAAAGACCAGACACCAGGACAGGUUCCCAUCAUGUGUAUGUAUCAGGUACAUGUGACGACGGGUGACAUGUUUUGGGCAGGAACAAAUGACCACGUAUUUGUUACCUUGGUGGGAACGAAUGGGGAGAGUGAGCGCACUGAGCUAGACAACUAUGGCUUGGACUUCUGCCCCAACCAGACCAGCACCUACCCAGUGAACACCCAGCCCUUGGGCCAUCUUCUGCUCAUCAAGCUGGAGAUAUCUCAAUAUCUUUUUCUGCCAGAAAAUCAGUGGUUCUGCUCCAAGAUUGUGGUGGAUACCCCAGAAGGAGAGGCCGUCAUCUUCCCCUGCCACAGAUGGUUGACCUGGGGGGAAGUACUGGAACUCAGAGGAGCCAAAGCCACGAAGGAAAGUGACGAUGACCAUCCUUUGCUGAUUGAGCACAGGAAGAGAGAGGUGACCAAACGAACUGAACUUUAUCAGUGGAAGGAAUACACUGAGGGGAUCCCCCACAUCACUCAUUUUGAGAUGUCUGAGCUUCCAUCUGAAGUUCGCUUCUCUCUUAGCAAAGGACUCGAAUUCACGUUUUUAAAAGAAUUUACUAAAGCUGAACUCAAACUGAAAGGUCUGUUUGGAUCUGAGGAAUCAUGGGAGAGCCUGGAGUCCAUGAAGAACACACUCACCUUCAAGACGUCCCCAACAGCUGAAUAUCUCGCUGAGCACUGGAAGGACGAUGCUUUCUAUGGCUACCAGUUCCUGAAUGGUGUCAAUCCCUCCAUAAUCAGAAACUGCCCCCUUAUGCCCUCAAACUUCCCCGUCACUGAAGAGAUGGUGCAGCCGUUCCUAGAGCCUGGUACUUCCCUACAACAAGAGAUCCAGAAAGGGAACAUAUUCCUGUGUGACUACAAGUCACUGGAGGGUCUUCAGACCCUCGUGGUGGAGGGGAAUUCACUGCCUCUCACUGCUGCCCUCUGCCUGCUGUACCUGGACACCGCAGGCACACUCAAACCCAUAGCUAUUCAGCUGGGACAGGAACCAUCAGAGAAAUGCCCAAUCUUCAUCCCCAGCGAUCCAGAGCUCGACUGGCUCCUGGUGAAGAUGUUUGUGAAAAAUGCAGAUUCAUUAAUUCAUCAGAUUAUCUCUCAUCUAAUGAAGACCCACUUGUUGGCCGAGGUGUUUGCUGUCGCUACCAUGCGUCACUUCCCAGACGUACACCCCCUCUACAAGCUAUUGACUCCCCACUUCCGCUACACUCUACAAAUUAACACAGCAGCUCGAGUUGUGCUACUUGGGCCAACGGGACUUUUAUCAAAAAGUUCAGCUGGCAAUGAGGGUACCAAUGAGCUGAUGAGGAGAUACCUGGCUGAAACCACCUACUCAUCUCUAUGUCUGCCAGACAACAUUGCUGACAGAGGACUGCAGAACAUCCCUAACUUUUACUACAGAGAUGAUGGACUUUUAUUAUGGACGGCCAUCAACAGGUUUGUCUGGGCAAUGCUGGGACUCUACUACCCUACAGACGACGAGGUGUCUGGGGAUGCAGAGCUCCAGAGAUGGAUCCAAGAUAUCUUCACAAAGGGCUUCCUUGGCAACAGGAGGUCAAGGAUGCCAGAGUCCUUCAUCACCGUAGAAGAAGUUGUCAAGUUUGUCACCAUGGUAAUCUUCACAACAUCUGCUCAACACGCAGCUGUAAACAGUGGACAGUUUGACUACAACAGCUGGGUCCCAAACAACCCUCUUCAGCUUCGAAGAGCACCUCCAACUACCAAGGGACAGGUUACCAUGGAGACCAUUCUGGAGACACUGCCAAACAUUGGUCACACAGUUGACUUCAUCGCCCUUUCAUCGGUUCUACACAAGAAAUACACAGACUCGGUUGUUCUUGGUUCCUACCCUGAGGAACGCUUUGGUGAGCCGGCGGCCAAGCAGAUUAUAGAGAACUUCCAGAAGGAGCUCUCCAGCAUCGAGGAAAGGAUCAUAGAGAGGAACGCAACUCUUGACGUUCCGUACUGCUAUCUGAAACCCUCUGAGAUCGAGAAUAGUGUGUCUAUAUAAGAUGUUCGCUACCCGAGGAGGAGGAGUAGCAUUCCUGUUUGAGAUUGCUCAUCAAUGCAGAGAUAUCAUUUAAAAAAUGUGCAUCCUUUGUAUAUCUUGACCUCAUAUGCCUCUCGCAUUUUACUAUUAACCAUUUACAGGCUACUCAAAUACUCUAACCAUUGACUGUCUCACAAAUUAGUUAGACAAUUUGGGAUUGAAAUAAUAAUACCCACUCACUGCAAGGAGCACCAACUGGAUACAGUUAUGUCCAAAGGUCUAAAUAUUUAUAGGAAAUUGGUCAAUCCGUCACUGCAAUUAGCCAUGCAAAAACAUUAAGAUAAUAAAUAUUACAUAUACUAAUGUGUUGGGUUCCCAAAAGGCAAUUUGUUUUGGGCAAAAACAGAUAUGAUAGCGGUCCCUACUGUACCCCCCUCCAUUGUUAGAUUAUCAUUUUUGUCAUGUAGAGAAAUGCUGAGUACCAAAUGGUAUAUGUUCUGUUAUACAAGAAUAACAAACAUGAUGAUGCUGGUGGUGGUUAGUGAGUUCCCUCCCUUUACUGUAAAGCGUCUUUGAGUGUCUAUAUAGAAGCGCUAUAUAAAUUCAAUCCAUUAUUAUUAUUAUUAUUACUGAUACAGAUACACAAUAGACAAAUAUAGAGAACUAAUUGGUGGUGGUCAAUUUAAUACCAUUGGAAAUAAAUAAUGGCGGUUAGGGUUCUGUCACUAGAAUAUUGCUAAGUUAAGGUUGUUGCCUUUUAUUUGUUAUAUUUGAAUAGCAUUGUAGUGAUAUACAUAGCACCAGGGGCCUCUGCGAAUAGUCAAAUCUCAUAACCUUUUUAUUGUAUUGAUUUCAAUCGGGUUAUCGCCAACACUGAGAAUCACUUAGGUUGGACUUGGCCAACGGGAAUAUUUUAGACCACUUGAAUUCCAAUUCACAUGUUGAAAAAAAAGAGGCUAAACUUAUGUUGAUGUUGAAAUGAACUGCCCCCAGUAGUCUUUCUUAAAUCUGAAGUUGGCAUUUUCUUUUCUUAUGGUUUAUUGUAUGUGCUUACUAAUCAGAAAUAAAUGAAUUCAUUUA